CCAUUUUAAGAAUUUAGAGGGAAUAAUGGUCGGAGUAACAGCUAAGAGACCUCUAAGUCACCGGAUUUUGACGUGUCAUAACCGGGAAAGUGAAUUUUCCGGUGACCAUGCUAUUAAUAUUUCUGACACUAUUUUUAGUUUUCUUGACGAGGAGGGUUCGUCAGUAGAAAGUGUUAUUGAUGAUGUUUAUGUUGAAGAUGAAGAGAAAGAAAAUUUUGAAGAUAAUAAAUUCUGGGAAACUCAACAUCAGCUUUUACAAUCAGUAUUAUGCCGGACGACAACAUUAGAAUCACAGAUCCGAAGUAUUACUAAACAAACCUUAAAAGAAGCAUCAAAAAAUUGCAGCUGUGAAAUGGUCAACAAUAUUAUUACUACUAGUUGUCCAAAUUGUCUCAUGAAGGAGGUGUGCACUAGCCUACAAAAUGCUGGUUUCAACUCAGCAAUUUGCAAGUCAAAGUGGAGGAGCUCACCAGAUAUUCCCUCAGGUGAACAUUCAUUUAUAGACGUGGUAGACAAUUCGAGCCCUAAAAAAGGAGAAGUGAGGAUAAUUAUCGAAUUAAAUUUUCGAGGGGAGUUUGAAUUAGUGAAAGCAAGCGAAGAAUACAAUCGACUGGUGAAAUGCCUGCCAGAAGUGUUUGUUGGGAAAAUAGAGAGAUUAUUAUCAGUAAUAAAGAUUUUAUGCAAUGCUGCUAAAAAGUGUAUGAAGGAGAAGAAAAUGCAUAUUGCGCCAUGGAGGAAACAAAAAUACAUGGAAGCUAAGUGGCUUAAAAUAUCUGAACGUAUGAGUAGUACUUCUAAAUCUCCAUUGUCAGCUGAAGAAUAUUGUUAUUCGAAUCGAUUGUCGCGGCCCAAGGCAUCGAUGCUUACUGUUGAUUUACUGGAAAAUUUUCCCAGUUUAUGUCGUACUGCAGUUGAAGUGGUGUAAAC